AUUUUAGGCAUAUUAAUGUUCGCACAGCAAAAAUUUUUUGCAUGUAAUGUACAUAAAUUUCCAACAAGUAAAGGGAAAGAGAUCAUUAGUACAGUUAUGGCUGGUUUCUUUUUAAAAGGAGGUAAAAAUAGAAAGAGGAAAAAUGCUGGAAAAACUCCAAUAGCAGUACGACAAAAGAAGAAAAGUAAAGAAGUUGUCAGUGACAAUGAUGAUUCAGAUUUGUCUGGUGCUGAAGAACUUGAAUCUAACCAAUCAGAAUCAGAAGAUGAAACAGCUCAAGAGAAACGAUUAAGACUGGCAAAAGAAUAUAUAAGUAAACUUGAACAUGAAGAAACGGAUAAACAGCUUGAUAAAGACAUUGACAAGGAAGCCAUUGCUCAUCGAUUGCAAGAAGAUGUUCUAGAAGAUGCUGGCCAUCUUGAAAAAUUCAUUGCUGAUACAAUAAAACCCAACAUGGAAAACAUAAAGAUUCUGCGUGGACACCAGCUACCUGUGACAUGUGUUGUUGUGUCACAUGAUAAUAAAUACAUUUUUUCUGCAUCAAAAGAUGGAACUAUAAUAAAAUGGGAUGUAACAUCCGGUGUUAAAUUGGGGAAAAUAUUGAACAAAGCAAAAACAAAAGAUCCAAAAAGCGAAUGCCACUCCGGACAAGUGCUGUGUUUAGCAUUAACCACUGAUUUUAAAUUUCUAGCCAGUGGUGGACAAGAUAUGUUAGUACUCAUAUGGAAUCCUGACACUCUUGCUUGGUUACACACAUUUAAAGGUCACCGUGAUAAUAUUUCUGGUUUGGCAUUUCAACAUAGAAAGCAUCAACUCUUCAGUGCUUCUAACGACAAAACAAUCAAAGUGUGGAGUUUAGAUGAGAUGGCAUAUGUAGAGACACUGUAUGGGCAUGAAGAUGCUGUUCUGGGGAUUGAUAGUCUGUAUCGUGAUCACGCUGUUAGUUGUGGAGGAAGAGAUAGAUCAGUUCAUCUUUGGAAAAUACCAGAAGAAUCCCAACUUGUCUUCCAAUCGUCGAAGGGUUCAUCAUUUGAUUGCAUCACAAUGCUAAAUGAAGAAUAUUUUUUAACUGGUGGUGACGAUGGAUCACUGUCAGUAUUUUUCGUGCGUAAGAAAAAACCAAUCACGUUAAGAAUGAACGCACAUCAAAAGAAAUCAGAAUCACCACGCACUUGUUGUGACGAAUCGUGGAUCACAGCUGUCACUUGUCUUCCGUAUACAGACUUAGUGGCGUCAGCAGGUUCAUGUGAUGGGUGCAUCAAAUUAUGGAGAUGUGAAAAAUCAUUCCGAGCAGUGAAAGAAAUUCAUUCGAUCCCAAUGCUUGGGUUUGUCAACUCUCUAAAAUUUUCAAGCAAUGGUGAUUUUUUGGUGGCUGGAGUGGGCCAAGAACACAGACUUGGACGCUGGUGGAAGAUCAAAGAAGCUCGAAAUUCAAUAUGCAUUAUACCGCUAGAUAAAAUAAGUUCUGAAGAAAAGAUUAAUAGACAGCAGACUGGAGAUAAAAAGAACAACAACAACAACAAUACAUAACUACUGACUUUGCGUGAACUGAAUUAUCGGAAUAUUUGUGAAGACACAGUGGUUUCCAGUUAUAGAAACACUUAGUGUGCAAGAAACUGUCAUCAUCAUAAACUGAUUAAUAAUAAUAUCGAAAAUAAUUACCAAAUUUUUACGAUUUUGUAUUAUUGUGCACGUUGAAAAGCAGUGGAAAUUUAUUACAGCCAACGGAAUGACAAAAAGCGUAUUCUGUUGGACCAUUUUCCAAAAAAUAAAAAGUUUUUUGCAGAAAGUCGAACAAUUUCAACUCAAACUAAACGUUUCUUUAUCACGUUUACACGCACGAUCUUUUUUUCGCGAAUUUUAAAAG